AUGCUCAAUUUGGACCGUCGACAUGGACAAGAUAUUGGAGGGCCUUGUGAGCUCAAAUCACCCAGUUCCUUUGGAGAAGAUACUUUUCAGAAGCAGGUGGGCUUCCAAGUUCUGGAGGCCUAUGCCCGGUACCAUCGGCCGGAGUUUGAGCAAUACUUCAGCAAAGACUUUGUGUUGGGUCUUCUCCAGCAGGGCUAUGGUGAGCUACACCAUAAAGACCCGGCCAUAAUAGACUUCAUUCACAGUUGCCUCCGUUUGCUCAUUAGCUGCCCCUCUGUGCUGGACAUCUUUAGUGUGAUCCAGGUGGAGGUCCUGAGGAUGGUCUGUGAGCGCCCUGACCCGGUCCUCUGUGCACGCCUAAGCACAUUGCUGUCUGACUUUGUACAAUGCAUCCCAAAGGACAGGACUGGAAGUUUGUUUUGUCAGCAGCUAGUGAGGACCAUUAGUUACUUCCAGUGCUUUGCCAAUGAAGAACAAGAACUGAGAGAAUAUGUAAACCAAGUGACCCGGGUGAGCACACUUCUCCAGAACAUCUGGAAGGUUGACCCAACUACUCUGCUGCCAUCAUUGCAGGAGGUCUUUUCUAUUAUUUCGUCAACAGAACUGACAUAUGAGCCAUCCAUUGCCUUGGCCUGUCUGGUCCAGCACAUCCCUGUCCAAAUGAUCACCGUGCUUAUCAAGAGCCUGACGACUGACCAGAGUGUUAAAGACUCAAACAUGACCAAGGCUCUCUGCAGGAUGAUUGAUUGGCUUUCCUGGCCUCUGGCCCAUCAUGUUGAUAUCUGGGUCAUUGCACUGCUGAAAGGACUGGCUGCAGUUCAGAAGUUCACUAUCCUCAUUGAUGUGACACUGUUAAAAAUUGAACUAGUAUUUAAUCGGCUGUGGUAUCCCAUUGUACGUCAGGGAGCACUUGCUGUCCUGUCACAUAUGCUGUUGAGUUUCCAGCACUCUCCUGAAGCUUUUCAUUUGGUAGUUCCUCGAGUUGUUCCAUUGGCCCAAUCCUUAGCCACAGAUGGACAUUCCAAUAGCAAGCCUUUCUUGUUUCAAUUCUCGGAGCUUAUACACUGUAUGAUGUACCACUACUCUGGAUUUCCAGACCUCUAUGACAACAUUCUUGAGUCGAUCAAGGAUCUUCCAAAACCCGGAGAAGACAAGAUCAAGUUGGUGUUGAAUCAAAGUGCCUGGACCUCCCAGUCCAACUCCUUUGCUCCUGGUUUUCUGAGACCGUCUGGAAAAUCAGAGACUGGCAAAACAGGUCUGGUCAACCUCGGCAAUACCUGCUACAUGAACAGCAUUCUCCAGACCCUCUUUAUGGCCACUGAUUUCAGAAGACAUGUUUUGUCUUUAAAAAUGAAUGGAUCAGAAAGGCUUAUGAAAAAGCUCCAGUUGCUUUUUGCGUUUCUUGCACACACACAGAGGGCAGCAUAUGCUCCCAAACAUUUCUUGGAAGCAUCUCGGCCUCCCUGGUUUAAUGCAGGAUCCCAGCAGGACUGCUCUGAGUACCUACGGUUUCUUCUUGACCGGUUGCAUGAAGAGGAGAAAACUAUUCAGGUGCUGGAGUCAUCUCAACCCAAAGAUGUCUCAACUAACAGAAAUGACAUUGGUCCCAACUGUGGGACCUCUUCAGAGGGAAAUGUUUCAUCAUUAACCCAAACAGAUUGUGACAGCAGAACGCUAAUAGAGAGGAUGUUUGGUGGAAAGCUGAUUACUGGGAUCCGCUGUAUGCACUGCAACAGCAUCUCUGAGAAAGAGGAGCCUUUUACAGACCUGUCCCUGGCCUUCUGUCCCCCUGCCACCUCUGUGGAUGGGGACCUGGCAGCAGGGCCCUUAUUUGGGCCUGAACUUCAAUGUCAGGGAUCUGUCAAUGGCGGCAGUGAAAACCCUGAGUCAGCCUCAGUCAAAUCCCCAGCCAGCAGUGUUUCUAUUGUGCCAGUGACAAGUGAGCCUCCCCUCUCAGUGCCUGACCUGGUCAACUAUUUCCUGGCACCAGAAAUCCUUGAUGCAGAUAAUGCCUACUUUUGUGAAAAGUGCAGUUCCCUCCAACGUGCUGAGAGGACAUUAGAAGUAGUGUCAGCCCCCGAGUACCUCAUUUUGACUCUGCUGCGAUUCGCUUAUGAUGCCAAAUGCCAUGUGCGAAGAAAGAUUUUAGACAAUGUCACUAUUCCAUCUGUAAUGAAGCUUCCUGUUCACACUCAUGUAUCCAAACCAUCUCCUACAUCUUUGCAAGAGGACCCUCCGGAAUGCAGUGAGAACCUGGCAAAAAAGCUUAAACCUUCCCAAAAUGAUGAUGAUGAGAGGAUAGAUGUUCCUGUACAGACCACAUGCGUUCAGUCUGUCCCUUAUGUUCUCUGCUCUGUGGUGAUGCAUUCAGGUUUGUCCUCAGAAAGCGGGCAUUACUACUCUUAUGGCCGCAGUGUCUGUGAACUUCACAUGAGCACGGGGGUGCAUCUUCACAUGGUGGACAUUCAGAUAAGGACUGGCUUUUGUUUAAUGACAGCAGAGUAA